AUGGCGGAAACCAAAUCGUCCAAUGAUAAUUUAAGUGCAAGAAGCAAUAAUUUUAUAUGUGGAGUUGUAGAAGGAUUCUACGGCAGACCGUGGACAACGGAACAGAGAAAAGAUUUAUUUCAGAAAUUAAAAAAAUGGGGAAUGAAUUCUUAUUUAUACGCCCCCAAAGAUGAUUAUAAACAUAGAGCUUAUUGGAGAGAACUUUAUACAGUAGAAGAAGCAGAACAUUUAACAAGUUUAAUUUUAUCCGCUAAAGAACAAGGCAUUGCAUUUUACUAUGCUAUUUCUCCAGGACUUGAUAUUACUUAUUCUAGUGCCAAGGAAGUAACUUACUUAAAAAGGAAAUUGGAACAAGUAUCUCAAUUUGGUUGCACUGCCUUUGCCCUUCUAUUUGAUGAUAUUGAACCUGAAAUGUCGGAAGCAGACAAAGAAGUAUUUCAAUCGUUUGCACAUGCCCAGGUUUCUGUUACAAAUGAAAUGUAUCAACACCUGGGGCAACCUGUUUUCCUUUUAUGUCCCACACAAUAUUGUGCUGCCAGAGCCUCACCGAAUGUUGGAAAUUCAGAAUAUUUAAAUACACUUGGAGCAAAACUCCCACAAGAAAUUGAUAUUAUGUGGACUGGUCCUAAAGUAAUAUCUAGAACACUAACUAUUGAAUCUAUAGAAGAAAUAACUGAAGUUUUAAGGAGACCUCCAGUUAUUUGGGAUAAUCUACAUGCUAACGAUUAUGAUCAAAAAAGAGUAUUUUUAGGUCCUUAUUCUGGUAGAUCGCCUGAUUUAAUACCAAAACUUAGAGGAGUUUUAACAAAUCCCAAUUGUGAAUACGGAGCCAAUUUUGUAGCCAUCCACACAUUAGCACAAUGGAGUAGGUGCAAUAUAGAUGCCAUUAGAGAUCCUUCUUUAAAUGAUACCGUUUCUGCUGAUAUUAAAUUAGAGACUGAAGGAGUUAAUGAAGAAGGCCCUUGUGGUCUUUCUCCAAAUAUGUAUCAUCCUAGGAGAGCUCUUAAAAAUGCAAUUAACGAAUGGUUACCUGAAUUUAAAAAAUUUAAACCUGCAUGGGGUCCAAUAGCGAAACCACAACAAGUGAUAGCUGCACCAGUUCCUAUUCCAAUCAUUCCAUCCGUAAACACUUGUAUGUCUCUGACUUCAACAACCAUGACUACAAAUUCUGUGGCAGUACCUGUUUGUAGUGCGAAUCAACUCCAAGCUCUAGCAGAAGUUUGUAGCACAGUUCAAUCGAACGAAUCAUUAGUUCAACCCACCUCGGUAUCAGUAAUGAAUUCAUUAGCAUCCGAAACCAAAGUCUUACCUUUAACUACUAAUAAAAAUUGUAAAAAUACAAAUCAAGAGCCAAUGGAUUGCAAUCCCACAUCUGGAAUCAGUCCCGAUAGUCCGGUUCAGGGUAGUUCACUGGUCUCUGAUGUAGCAAUGGCCGAAACUGUUGUAACCGAAUCGAAUGGUUCUACAAUGCAAAUAGAAAGCACUUCGGAUGAAAAUAUUUGUAAUUCUAAUAUUCAAAUGGUGGUAGAUGGUAGUAGUAGCACGUCAUUAAAUGAAGAAAAUGUAGAAAAUAACGAAUUAGGAAAUGAAAAAAAAUUAACAUUGGCGGAUUUGACAUUGCUUUGCGAUUUGUUUUAUCUUCCCUUCGAACAUGGCGGAUCGGGAAUUCAACUUUUGCAAGAAUUCCAUUGGUUGAAAAUAAAUGCUCACGUUUUAGCAAGUUCUGGAAAACAACCCGGAGACAAAGAAGUAACAAGAAGUUCUAAAUCAGAGGUUGAAGAAUGGUUUGACAGAGCGAAACAAUUUCAGGAAUUAACUAAAAGCGUCAACACAUUAUUUCAACGUCUUACUUUUUGCGCAAAUAGAGAACUUCUAUACGAUCUUUAUCCUUAUAUAUGGGAUAUUAGAGGAGUCGUGUCACUUUUAAAUUCAUAUGUUAAAUGGCUUGCUGGUGGACGAUUUCCCGGUUUGGUGUCGACAUACACUCUAGGACAGUACACAUGGUUUUCAAAAGGUUGGAAAGAAGCUUUCAUGUCGGGUGAACAAGAACCAUGGGUUUUCCGCGGUGGACUCACAGCGGAUCUUCAGAGAUUGUUACCCGUUGAUUCGGGUACGGAUUUGUUUAUGUAUAAAGCACCGGAAGUUCCUAGUUGUAAAAUAUACACUGUGAGACCUUACAUGUCUUCCGAUAAGCCGCAGGUAUAUGACGUAUGCGCCAAAGUUAGCUGUAGUUCUGAUAUACCCGUCCAAUUGAAAAAAUUACCCGGAGAUAGAAUCGUAGGAAGUUAUUUAGAAUACGCGUCGGAAUUUUGUUUAGUUGUCGAAGAUGAGACUGAAAUUGUCGGUUUUGCAACGGCCGCAUUAGAUUCAAAACAAUUUUUUAAAAAUUUAUCAAAUUCGUAUAUUGAAAAAAUGAAAAAAAAAUAUCCACUCGAUGAUGAUGAUGAUGAUGAUAAUGGCGAUGUUGAUGGAAACGUUAAAGUGAAGGAAUUCAUUGAAUAUUUUCACACGACGGAUUAUCAUUCGCCGGAAUUAAUACAUAAUCAAUAUCCGUCUGUGAUGGCGUGUGAAAUUUUACCAUCGGUAACGGAUCAAAGCGUGUCUAAAAGACUUUUAGCUUGUUUGUUGGCAGCACUUCGAGCAAACGGAUCUUUCGGAGUUUACGUAUCGAUAGAUUUUAACAAUCGUAGCGCUUUCGAAUUUUACUCUAAAUUGGGUUUUAUUGAAAUCACACCACAAAGCGUUGGAGCGGAUAAAACGAAUAAAAUAACUUAUUUGGGAAGAUCGUUUUAA